CCCAUAAAGAUUACAGCCUAAGAAACCCUAUGGGGGCAGUUGUACUCUAUCCUAUAGGAUGGUCAUGAGUUGGAAUCGACUCAGCGGCCCACAAGAACAACAGUGCUGCUGUGUUGUAUAGGAAAAUGUUCUUGAUCUGGAAAUAAACAUGCUGAAAUAUUUAGGAGUGGUGUUUUAUCUAUAACUUUAAAUGAGUUAGAGAAAUUAUAUACACACCGCAUGCAUUUACUUUAUCUUAUAUUCAUAAAUAAUAGAUGAAUGUAGGUGAAGGGCAUGUGGGUGUUCUUUAUACUAUUGUAUCCUUUUUUAAGUUUUGAAAAUUUUCUAGAUUAAAAAUUGAGGGGUCGUUUGGGAAGCAGUGGAGAAGAGUUAAUGCUUCAUUAUGUACUGGAUGUGCAUCUUCUAAAUGUCAGACCUAUGAAUAAAACAAUGCUUGGAGAUAUUGAAGCACAGAUUCGAGAAAUUCAGGGCAAGAAGGCAGCUCUUGAUGAAGCUCAAGGAGUGGGCCUUGAUUCUACAGGUUAUUAUGAUCAGGAAAUAUAUGGUGGAAGUGACAGCAGAUUUGCUGGAUACGUGACAUCCAUUGCUGCAACUGAACUUGAAGAUGAUGACGAUGACUACUCAUCAUCUACAAGUUUGCUUGGUCAGAAGAAGCCAGGAUACCAUGCGCCUGUGGCAUUGCUUAAUGAUAUACCACAGUCAACUGAACAGUAUGAUCCAUUUGCUGAGCACCGACCUCCGAAGAUUGCAGACCGUGAAGAUGAAUACAAAAAGCAUAGGCGGACCAUGAUAAUUUCCCCAGAGCGUCUUGAUCCUUUUGCAGAUGGAGGGAAGACCCCUGAUCCUAAAAUGAACGCCAGAACUUACAUGGAUGUAAUGCGAGAACAGCAUCUGACUAAAGAAGAGAGAGAAAUUAGGCAACAACUAGCAGAAAAAGCUAAAGCUGGAGAACUAAAAGUCGUCAAUGGAGCAGCAGCAUCCCAGCCUCCAUCAAAAAGAAAACGGCGUUGGGAUCAGACAGCUGAUCAGACUCCCGGUGCCACUCCCAAAAAGCUAUCAAGUUGGGAUCAGGCAGAGACUCCUGGGCAUACCCCUUCCUUAAGAUGGGAUGAGACACCAGGUCGUGCAAAGGGAAGCGAGACUCCUGGAGCAACCCCAGGCUCGAAAAUAUGGGACCCUACACCUAGUCACACACCAGCGGGAGCUGCUACUCCUGGACGAGGCGAUACACCGGGCCAUGCGACACCAGGCCACGGAGGCGCAACAUCUAGUGCCCGUAAAAACAGAUGGGAUGAGACCCCCAAAACAGAGAGAGAUACUCCUGGGCAUGGAAGUGGUUGGGCUGAGACUCCUCGAACAGAUCGAGGUGGGGACUCAAUCGGUGAAACACCAACUCCAGGAGCCAGUAAAAGAAAGUCACGUUGGGAUGAAACACCAGCUAGUCAGAUGGGUGGAAGCACUCCCGUUCUGACUCCUGGAAAAACACCAAUUGGCACACCAGCCAUGAACAUGGCAACUCCUACUCCAGGUCACAUAAUGAGUAUGACUCCUGAACAGCUUCAGGCUUGGCGGUGGGAGAGAGAAAUUGAUGAGAGAAAUCGUCCACUUUCUGAUGAAGAAUUAGAUGCUAUGUUCCCAGAAGGCUAUAAGGUACUUCCUCCUCCAGCUGGUUAUGUUCCUAUUCGAACUCCAGCUCGAAAACUGACAGCAACUCCAACACCUUUGGGUGGUAUGACCGGUUUCCACAUGCAAACUGAAGACAGAACUAUGAAAAGUGUUAAUGACCAACCAUCUGGAAAUCUUCCAUUUUUAAAACCUGAUGAUAUUCAGUACUUUGAUAAACUAUUGGUUGAUGUUGAUGAGUCAACACUUAGUCCGGAAGAGCAAAAAGAGAGAAAAAUAAUGAAGUUGCUUUUAAAAAUAAAGAAUGGAACACCUCCAAUGAGAAAGGCUGCAUUGCGUCAAAUUACUGAUAAAGCUCGUGAAUUUGGAGCUGGUCCUUUGUUUAAUCAGAUUCUUCCUCUGCUAAUGUCUCCUACACUUGAGGAUCAAGAACGUCAUUUACUUGUGAAAGUUAUUGAUAGGAUAUUAUACAAACUCGAUGACUUAGUUCGACCAUAUGUACACAAGAUCCUUGUCGUCAUUGAACCACUGUUGAUUGAUGAAGAUUACUAUGCUAGAGUGGAAGGCAGAGAGAUUAUUUCUAAUUUGGCAAAGGCUGCUGGUCUGGCUACUAUGAUCUCUACCAUGAGACCUGAUAUAGAUAACAUGGAUGAGUAUGUCCGUAACACAACAGCGAGAGCCUUUGCUGUUGUAGCAUCUGCCCUGGGCAUUCCUUCUCUAUUGCCCUUCUUAAAAGCUGUAUGUAAAAGCAAGAAGUCCUGGCAAGCAAGACACACUGGUAUUAAGAUUGUACAGCAGAUAGCUAUUCUUAUGGGCUGCGCCAUCUUGCCACAUCUCAGAAGUUUAGUUGAAAUCAUUGAACAUGGUCUUGUGGAUGAGCAGCAGAAAGUUCGGACUAUUAGUGCUUUGGCUAUAGCUGCCUUGGCUGAAGCGGCGACUCCUUACGGUAUCGAAUCUUUUGAUUCUGUUCUAAAGCCUCUAUGGAAGGGUAUCCGCCAACACAGAGGAAAGGGUCUGGCUGCUUUUUUAAAAGCUAUUGGGUAUCUUAUUCCUCUAAUGGAUGCAGAAUAUGCCAACUACUAUACUAGAGAAGUGAUGUUAAUCCUUAUUCGAGAGUUCCAGUCUCCUGAUGAAGAAAUGAAGAAAAUUGUGCUAAAGGUGGUAAAGCAGUGUUGUGGAACAGAUGGUGUAGAAGCAAAUUACAUUAAAACAGAGAUUCUUCCUCCUUUUUUUAAACAUUUUUGGCAACACAGAAUGGCUUUGGAUAGAAGAAAUUAUCGGCAGUUAGUUGAUACUACUGUGGAGUUGGCAAACAAAGUAGGUGCAGCAGAAAUUAUAUCUAGGAUUGUGGAUGAUCUGAAAGAUGAAGCUGAGCAGUACAGAAAAAUGGUGAUGGAGACAAUAGAGAAAAUUAUGGGUAACUUGGGAGCAGCAGAUAUUGAUCAUAAACUUGAAGAACAACUGAUUGAUGGUAUUCUUUAUGCUUUCCAAGAACAGACUACAGAGGACUCAGUAAUGUUGAAUGGCUUUGGAACUGUGGUUAAUGCUCUUGGCAAGCGAGUCAAACCAUACCUGCCUCAGAUCUGUGGUACAGUUUUGUGGCGUUUAAAUAACAAAUCGGCAAAAGUUAGGCAACAGGCAGCUGACUUGAUCUCUCGAACCGCUGUUGUCAUGAAGACUUGUCAAGAGGAAAAACUGAUGGGGCACUUGGGUGUUGUUUUGUAUGAGUAUUUGGGUGAAGAGUACCCUGAAGUAUUGGGCAGCAUUCUUGGAGCACUGAAGGCCAUUGUAAAUGUAAUAGGUAUGCAUAAGAUGACCCCACCAAUUAAAGAUCUACUGCCUAGACUCACCCCCAUCUUAAAGAACAGGCAUGAAAAAGUACAAGAGAAUUGUAUUGAUCUUGUUGGACGUAUUGCUGACAGGGGAGCUGAAUAUGUGUCUGCAAGAGAAUGGAUGAGGAUUUGCUUUGAACUUUUGGAACUCUUAAAAGCUCACAAAAAAGCUAUUCGUAGAGCCACAGUCAACACAUUUGGUUAUAUUGCAAAGGCCAUUGGCCCUCAUGAUGUAUUGGCUACACUUUUAAACAACCUCAAAGUUCAGGAAAGGCAGAACAGAGUUUGUACAACGGUAGCAAUAGCUAUUGUUGCGGAAACAUGUUCACCCUUCACAGUACUUCCUGCCUUAAUGAAUGAAUACAGAGUUCCUGAACUGAAUGUUCAAAAUGGAGUGUUAAAAUCACUUUCCUUCUUGUUUGAAUAUAUUGGUGAAAUGGGAAAAGAUUACAUUUAUGCUGUAACACCAUUACUUGAAGAUGCUUUAAUGGAUAGGUGAAGCGAAGCUUUCUGAACUACUGAAUAUAGCCCGCCAGAGCCACACUAUUUCCAUUGCAGACCCCCAGUUGUUCAGAUGGUGACCACUGAUACAAUACUACUUGAGUUAUUUGACAGUCAGGUUUCUGAUACUUUUUCAUUCAGCCAUCUAGACAGACAUGUAGCCUUGAACAGAAAACAACUGAAAGGAAAAUGCAAGGUCCAAAGUAGUAAGAGAAAGGACUGUUUUCACUGGCUCUUUGUUUUUCUGGAGAGAUAAGUUACCCAUGUUAGAGUCCGUUCAGUUACUUUUGUGUACUGGUUAAAAUUAUUCAGGUUAUUACAGUUAAUUGCCUUCUAGAAGGGAAACUUGACAAGAUUCAGUAAGUUACCAGAAGACGUAUAUAUACCAGACAUGGAGACAGACUAAGAAUUGUGCUCUGUAAAAGCAUAGCCACCUGGGACUGAGUAAAGUAGGGGUAAAUCACCCAUGUUCCAUAUUCCUCAGUGAGAUCAUCUGUAGCCUUAACCUUAUUAGCUUCAUAGUGAGGUGACUGUUAACGUGACCUUUAGUUACAAAUUACUACCUGUUGAGGUAGUAUCUCUAUUGAACCUUACUAAAUGGAAACAGUACUUUAGUUGGAAAGCUUAUUAAUGAGGAACACUGCUUCACUACAGUGCUGAAGAGAUUAGACAUUAUUAUAAUAAAGAGAAAAUUGGAUGCUAGUAAGUACAAAUAUUUUUUCUUAUACUUUCGAGGUAUUCUUUUGAGAACAAAGAUGGGAACUCAUUUUUAUACCCAUCACAAACCCCAGUAGUUCAGUAGUCAUUGUGGAAUGACUAACUCAAUGGUUUGUCAGAAGUAAAAGUUCAGUUAACAUAGGAGAUGGUAGAGAUCUUAUUUCUGUAGGUUUGAGAAAAAUUAUUGCUCCCUUUUUUCUUCUUUCCCCAAAUUAAGUUCUACUCUUUUUGAAUGAAAUGUAAAAUUUACAAGGGGAAAGAUUAGAUUUUUAUGUAGUUAUUAUAUACUGAGGAGCCCUGGUGGUGCAGUGAUUAAAGUGCUCGACUGCUAACCAAAAGGCCUGUGGUUCGAACCCACCAGCUGCAGGUGGUGGAAGAAGGAUGUGGCAUUCUGUUUCCAUAAAUAUUUACAGCCUUGGAAACCAUAUGGGGCAGUUCUCUGUCCUUUGGGGUCACUGUGAGUCAGAACUGACUUGACAGGCAGUGGGUUUUUUUAGAGGGGUUUAUUAUAUACUAGUAUCUGAAUUGCUAUCAAAGAUUUCAAGAUUGUAAAAGAUUACUGUUAAUAAUACAUAUGUAAGAGGCACAUAUUGUCCUUUUAGUAGCAUAUUAAAAUGUGUAGUGUACCAGACUCUCUUGCUCAUGUACUUUUUAAAGGUUAGUUAGAAAAUAUGGCUUACUUUUGAGCCAUAGUGAGGUUUGAGUCAUUAAUGCAAAAGUUCUCAAGUAGAAUGAGUCAUUCUAAAAGUAUAUCAAAUACACAAAAGUGUUAGGAUGACUUCAUAUUUUCUCAGUGCAUUGAAUUAGUAGUUUAAUUUCUAAUGGGCAGAUGAAUAUUUCCUGUAAAACUAAGACUGUCUUAA